AUGCAGCGGUCGCUCCUGCCCUUGCCAGUCCCUGACUGGCGUCGCGCGCAGGCUGCUGCCGGCGGCGGCGGCGGUCGCGCAGCGCGGCGUCGCCGCGCCAACAGGACGCUGCAGGGUGAGCUCGUGGCCGAGCUAGUAGUGGCGCUCAACCAGCUGGAUGCCGGCUCUGAUGACCCGCCGCGCCGUGCUGGCCAGGGGCCCAACAGGAUGCAGCAGCUUUGCCUGGAGCAUCUCGCCGAUAGCUGUGCGGCGAUGGGCUCCAUUCCUCCAGACUUGUCGACCGAGGUGGCCCUCCGGGAGCUCCAGGUUGGCGCCGGCUACUCCGACGGCGAGCCCGUCACGGUGGCCCCCUUCGCGCACGACCUCGUGUCUCUGCCAGCUGUGGGCGGUACGCCUGUGCCCCUGAGCCAGUUGUUGGGAGACGGCGGUCCAGACAUCGUGCGAAGGUUCAUCACUUCGAAGGUUUUGCCAAUUCAAAGCGCCGAGAUUUUUAAGAAGGAGGCUGGCUUCGCACGCCCUUACCUGGAUCCAGUGCUGCGGCAGCCCGCGGCCUACCUGGCCUUCGUCGAGAGGACGAGGGACGGUGGCAUGCUGGAGUUCAGGGUCGAUGAGGGCAAUUUUGAGGAAGUCGGUCUAUUCACCGCUUGGAAGAAGGGUGGUCGCCAGCGCCUGGUGAUCGAUUGCAGGGGCAGCAACUUCAGGUUCGCGGAGCCCGACAAGACCAGCUUGGCGUCCGGGGGCAGCUUCAGCUCCAUCGAGCUGGCGCCGGGCGAGGCGCUGUGGACGGCGGGAGUCGACAUAGCGGACGCCUUCUACAACAUGGGCCUGCCGCCGGAGCUCCGGCACCUCUUCGCGCUCCCGCGGCUUCGGGCAGCGCAGCUCGGAGUGCGUGAGCUGGGCGGGCGUCCAGUUCCAGGCCGCGCUUGGGUGCGCCCGUGCUUGGCCGUUUUGCCCAUGGGCUGGACGCAUGCGCUCGACUUUUGCCAGAAAGUGCACAGAAAUAUCUUACUCCAGAAGGGAGGGUUUGAGAACGUUCCCGAAGUGGUCGAUGGUAUGCCGACGCCUCCCAUCCAGGACGGGGCCUACACAGCCUAUGUUGACAAUUUCAUUUCCUUUGGCGUGAAUCCUGACAGGCCUGCGGCCCUCCUGAGGCGCCCGCUCUUGGCCGUAUUUAGUCCUGUGUAUGCCUUCUCGAGGAAGUACUUCGAUCGGGUGAUGAAGCUGCCGCCGUCUGUCCGCCGUGAGCUUCGUUGGGCCGCCUCCCUGAUCCCCCUGGCCUGGGCUGAUCUCCGGGCCACCUGGUCUCCCAGGGUCUACGCGAGCGACGCUAGCGAGGAGGGGAGGGGCGUGUGCCAGAAGGAGGCCGACCUGGGAGCAAUUCGUGGUGCUGGGAGGCACGGGGAGAGGUGGCGAUUUCGACGAGCAGCUGCUUCGCGACCUCGCGAUUGCCUCUUCGAGCAGAGCGACCCGCCGACCGCCGACACCGCGAAGGUCGAGCCGAUCGCCGAGUUCGUCGUGUCGCCGGAGGUGGAGCCCGUCGUGUCGCCGGAGGUGGCGGUGGAGGAUCCAGAGGGUAACUUGUGGAAGGUCCCGGAGGUGGAGGAGGAGCUGCACGGGGGGAGGUGGCAGGUCGUGUCGAGCGGAGGGUGGGCCCGGUCCGAGAAGAUCAUCGUCCUCGAAGGUCGGGCGCUCGUUCAUUCUCUUAGGCACGCACUUCGCGACUCGAAGUCUUUCGGUAAGCGUAUCUUCUUCCUUUGCGAUAACAUGGGGCUCGUGUGUGCUAUGGAGAAGGGCCGCUCCUCAGCUGGGGGGGUCCUCCGCGUCGCCCGGCAAUGGGCCGCCUGGUGCCUGGCGGGCGCGGUGCAGGCCUCGGUGCGCUGGAUUCCGUCUGAACGGAACGUCGCCGAUGCGCCGUCGCGCCGCCACAUCCCCCUCGGGGUUUGGCUCGACAGCGCCGCGGCGGACACUGCCGAGGGCUUCGAGCAGUGGGCCGUCCGGGACGCCGGGCGCAGCAGCCAGCAGGCCGACUGCCGCAGCGCCGGCCUCGAGCUCGCCGAGCUGGCCGUCCGCGAGCCCGCCGUCGGCGCUCUGCGGGGCCCUGGAUCGCUGCUGCAGCGGGCGUCGGUGACUCCGAAGACCGUGGCCCAGUACGACGGUCUGUGGCAGGACAUCCUUCGCAUGUGGCUGCGGCUGCGUCCGGCGGGCUCCCUGCAGGCGGAGCCGGGCGACGACGAGACGGACUUCGUGGUCGCCAGCUGGAUGGACCAGGAGUACUCGUUCGGGGAGCUGGCGCAGAGGGGCACCAAGGGGCUAGCGGCGGUGAAGUACUUCCGGCCGCAGUUCGCAAAGUCGGGAGGGCUCUCCCUUCCGCGCUCGGCGCAGGCCUUGAAGGGCUGGAAGCGGCUCGCCCCUGGGCGGGCGCGGCUGCCGCUGCCGUGGGAGGUCGUCGCGCUGAUCGCGCUGGAGCUGCUGCUGACCGGCUUCUGGGCGAUGGCGGCUUGGACGAUCAUCACCUUCCACUGCUACCUGCGCCCCAGCGAGCUGCAGCGGGUUACCGCCGAGAUGCUCGUGCCGCCUGUGCCGGGGACCCACGUGGCGAACUGGGCGAUCGUGCUGCGCCCGAGCGAGGAGGAGAUCAGCAGCAAGACAAGGGAGUUCGACGAGACCGUGGUGUUCGAUCUGCCGCUGUUCCACUUCCUCGUGCCCGUGCUCGCCUACCUCAAGAGGGAGACGCCGGCCGGGCAGCCGCUGUUCGCAUUCCGGCACGCCGACCUGGUGGUCCAGUUUCGGGAG